AUGUACCAGCUGCUCUCACCCAGGACGGCACGCCACGCCCGUCUCUUUCGUCUUGCGAAUAGCCUUGCGUCAUCUCCUUCCGGCACCGCCGGCGUUCCAAAGACGGACGGUGAACGUUUGCUGUGGGUGAACU